CUGAAGAAAAAUCACAACUCCUUCCUUGAAACUUCUUCGAAACUUCAAUGGCUAUUAUACUCAACAACGCUCAACUCUUGAACAUUUUUAAAUAUCACCAACUAACUCUCUUGCAAAGUUUAUACUUCAAUGGAGCAACAACCAGAAGUUUUUACUUCUUCCAACGGAAUUCAUACUUACGAUGUUUUCCUCAGUUUCAGAGGAGAAGACACUCGCUACGGUUUCACCGGAAAUCUCUACCAAGCUCUAAACCAGAAAGGAAUCAAAACUUUCAUGGACGACGAAGUCAUUAAGAGAGGACAACAAAUUUCACCCACCAUUUUCAAAGCAAUUCAACACUCUAGAAUAGCUAUAGUUGUUUUCUCUAAAACCUAUGCAUCCUCGAAAUGGUGCCUUCAAGAACUCGUCAAAAUCAUUGCAUGUUAUAGAGACAAUGGACUAGUGGUGAUUCCGGUGUUUUACAAAGUGGAUCCAUCAGAGGUUCGAAACCAUACCGGGAAUUAUGGACAGCAGUUGGCCAUGCAUGAGGAGAAAAUGAAGGAGGAAGUGCGGAGUUGGAGGUUGGCUUUGCGUGAUGCUUCUAAUCUGGCAGGAUGGACUUUUAGAGAUGGAUAUGAAUAUGAAUAUGAGUUUAUCAAAAGGAUCGUUGACACAGUGCACAACACAUCAAAACAAAACCUUUCACAUGUUGAUGAUCAUGCAGUUGGACUUGAGAUGCGCGUAUCUAAUAUACUAUUCCGUUUACAAAUGCUUGAUGCAACUGUUAUCAUGAUAGGAAUAUGCGGGGUUGGUGGAAUAGGAAAAACUACUUUGGCAAGAGCGGUGUACGACUCAAUUGGCCAACAAUUUGAGGGUCUUUGCUUCCUCCCUGAUGUCAGAGGAAAUUCAAGCAAAUAUGGAUUGGCAUAUCUACAACAGGUAAUUCUUUAUGAUACGGUUGGCGAGAGUAUCAAGCUGCGUAAUGAGAAUGAAGGAAUUUCAAUCCUGAUCAGAAAGUUGCAAAAUAAAAGGAUUCUUUUGAUACUUGAUGACAUUGACAAAUUGGAUCAAUUGAAGAAUUUAGCAGGAACACCUAGUUGGUUUGGUUGUGGAAGUAGGAUUAUCAUAACUACUAGGCGUAAAGAUAUUCUAGCUGCUCAUGGAGUUGGAAAUAUAUAUGAUGUACCUGUAUUUAAUUUUCAGGAAGCUCUUGUAUUUUUAAGUUCAAUUGCAUCAAAAAGACCUAAUCCUGAUGUAGAAUGGGACCGCGCAAUCAGCUAUUCCCGCGGUCUUCCAUUGGUCUUAAAGAUUAUCGGUUCUGAUUUAUUAGAAAAAUCACCGGAUGAAUGGGAGAUUUCAUUAGGCAGAUAUGAAAAAGUCUGCAAUGAAGAAACUCAGAGUAUACUUGAAGUGAGUUAUAAUAGUUUGAAUGAACUCGAGAAGAGAAUUUUCACCGAUAUUGCAUGUUUCUUUGCUGGAGAGCCUUUUUCAUAUGUCAAAAAAGUACUAUCUGCGUGUGGUUUCGUUACAAAAUAUGGUAUUGAGUCUAUUGACAGACUUAAGGAUAGAUCCCUUAUAUCGAUCACUCCCAGUGGAAGUUUGAUGGUGCAUGAUCAUAUAAUAGACAUGGCUAUGAGUAUAGUACAACAAGAAUCACCUACGAAUCCUUCUAGUUGUCUCAUUUUCAACAAAUUCAAGAAUAUGAAGAGUUUGAUUAGUAUUGAUUUCACUGACUGUAUAUACAUAACAGAAAUACCUGAUAUGUCCGGUAUCCCAAACUUGAGGAUAUUGUAUCUUGAUAAUUGUAUAAAUGUUACAAAAAUUCAUGAUUCUGUUGGAUUUCUUGAUAACCUGAUGGAGCUGACAGCCACAGGAUGCACUAAUCUAGAAACAAUCCCUAAGGCAUUCGAGUUGGCAUCUCUUAAAGUUCUCUCUUUCUCCGAGUGUCCGAAACUUGUGAGGUUCCCAGAAAUAUUGUGCAAGAUCGAAAAUUUGCAACACAUCAACUUGUGGCAAACUGGCAUAGAGGAAUUACCAUUUUCAAUUGGAAAUGUGACUGGACUUGAAGUUUUAACUCUGAUGGAUUGUACUAGGCUUGAUAAGCUACCUAGUAGCAUUUUUACGCUACCAAGACUUCAAGAAAUUCAAGCUGACUCGUGUAAAGGGUUCGGCAUUUCUAUUGAAUGUGAAGAUUAUAAUGGACCAGUGAAAUUCUCCGUGUCUCCAAACAAGAUUCGUCUGUAUUUGAGCUCUUGCAAUUUAACAAAUGAACAUCUUUUUAUCUGUCUCCGUGGUUUCGCCAACGUUGUACACAUGGACCUGUCUUACAGUAAUUUCACUGUCCUUCCACCAUGCAUUAAAGAAUGUAUCAACUUGAACACUCUUCUGUUAACAAACUGCAAUCAACUUCAAGAAAUCUCAGUAAUUCCACCAAAUUUGAUGGAUAUCGAUGCAGUGAAUUGCACAUCAUUGACAUCUCAGUCACAAAGUGUACUAUUAAGCCAAGCAUUUCAUGAAACUGGAGAAAAAAGUGUAAUGCUUCCAGGAUCAAGUAUACCAGAAUGGUUCGAUCAUCGCAGCAGUGAAAGAUCCAUUUCCUUUUACGUUCGUGAGAGAUUCCCUAGUAUUUGUGUGUGUGUUGUUUUCGGAGUGAUGGAAAAACUGCCUUAUCAUUUUCUAGUUAACGUCUGUUUAAUCAUCAACGGCCAUAAAACAAUACUAUCACAAUGUUGUAGUCGGUCAAUUGUAAAAGAACAUGUGUGGAUGUUUGAUCUAAGAAAUUUAAUCGACCGUAGAGAAACAUGGUUGGAACGUGGUUGGAAUCAUGUGGAAAUUUCAUGCGAAGAUUGUCAAGAUGAGCAUUUGAUGGCCGAAGCUGUUCAUGGAGUUAGAAGAAAGACAAUUGUAAAAUGGUAUGGAGUUCAUGUGUAUAGACAAGAAAACAACACAAUGGAGAAUGUCUUAUUCACAAGUGCCAACAUAAAACAAGAAAACAAUAUUAAUGAUGAAAGAUUUAAUGGAGACAAUUACCCUCUGUCUAAACGCAUUAAGUAUUUUGUAGUGUGUUCUCUUGUUGGAAUGGAGAUACUUCUCCCAAAUAAUUAUGAUGGUGUCAAGGAAGUUAGAGAUAUGAGUUACUCUACUAUGGAUUCUUUUACUAUAUCCAAUGUAUCAAGAGGUUCUACAAGGCUUUGGAAGAGAAAUGUUGAACUUCAAAAUUUAAAGCUUAGACCGGAUUGUGAAAUUCCAUUAUGCAUUGAUCAGAAGUUUCUGCAACUGCACCGCAACGCAGCCCAACCUCUGCAUUACCAACUUUUGUGCAGCUGUGUUUUCCGUCUUUGA